AUGAAGAACGGCGUAAUGCGCGUUUCUCUGUUGUUUACCUUCUUCGUGCUCUUCGUCGCGACGUUAAAAGGGGUGACCGGAGACGAGUACGACCACAAGUAUGCGUCCGGCGACCCGAUCAAACUCUGGGUGAACAAAGUCGGCCCGUACAACAAUCCGCAAGAGACGUACAAUUACUACGAACUGCCGUUUUGCAAAGUGGAACCGAAAGACGGCGCUUCGAAGAAACCGGUGCACAAAUGGGGCGGUCUCGGGGAGAUUUUGGAAGGGAACGAGUUGAUUUUAUCCAACGUGGAGUUUAAGUUUAGGCAAGAUUUACCGAAGAGAGUGAUGUGCUCGACCGGGAAGUUGACGGAGAAAGAGGUGGAGAAGUUCUCUAACGCGAUUAGGAAUCAUUAUUGGUACGAGUUUUAUAUGGACGAGUUGCCGAUUUGGGGGUUCGUCGGCGAGUACGUCGAUCCGAACGCGAACGAUGAUGAUGAAGAAGACGAGGAGGAUAACAGUAGCAGUAAUAAUAAGAAAAGCAGUAGUAGCAGCAGCAACAGCGGUAAUGAUGCUGGCGGCGAUGCGAAAGUGUACGUGUACACGCACAGAUCGUUUGAUAUCGGGUACAACGAAGACCGAAUUAUUCAAGUCAAUUUAACCGCCGAACGACCGAAAGCGUUAAAAACGGGAGAAAAGCUCGAUUUUACCUAUUCCGUCAACUGGGAGCCGACGACGACGAAGUUCACGCAACGAUUCGAACGCUAUUUGGAUUACAACUUUUUCGAACACCAAAUCCACUGGUUUUCCAUCUUCAAUUCGUUCAUGAUGGUUAUCUUCUUGGCCGGUUUGGUAUCGAUGAUUUUGAUGCGAACGUUGCGAAACGAUUACGCGAAAUACGCGCGAGAGGAGGACGAUUUGGAUUCCAUGGAAAGAGACGUCAACGAAGAGUCUGGGUGGAAGUUGGUCCACGGCGAUGUCUUUCGCCCGCCAAAAAUGUUGCCGAUUUUAGCCGCUUUGAUUGGCACCGGGACUCAGCUCGCGCUCUUGUCGGUUAUGGUCAUCGGCGUCACCAUCGCCGGUUUGCUCUUUGAACAAAGAGGUGCCAUCACCACGUCUUUUAUCGUGUGCUACGCGUUGACCUCGUUCAUCUCUGGCUACGUCGCUGGUGGUUUCAACGCCCGAAACGAAGGUAAAAACUGGAUUCGCACCAUGCUCUUAACGGCCACGUUGUUCCCGGGGUGCGUCUUCUCCAUCGCUUUCCUCUUGAACGCCAUCGCGAUUUACUACCACUCAUUAGCGGCUGCCCCUUUUGGCACCAUGGUUGUUUUGGCGUUGAUGUGGGCGUUCGUUUCGUUCCCGCUCGUGCUCUUUGGUACCGUCAUUGGUCGAAACUGGAACGGCGUUCCGAACAACCCGUGUCGCGUGAAAACCAUCCCGCGUCCGAUUCCGGAAAAAGCGUGGUACUGCUCCCCGGGUGUCAUCGGCGUCGUCGGUGGUUUACUUCCAUUCGGUUCCAUCUUCAUCGAGACCUACUUUGUUUUCACGAGCAUCUGGAACUAUAAAGUCUACUACGUCUACGGCUUCUUCUUGUUGGUGUUUAUGAUUUUGAUGAUUGUGACCUUGUGCGUCACCGUCGUCGGCACGUACUUUCUCUUGAACGCGGAAAACUACCACUGGCACUGGACGUCGUUCAUUUCCGCCGCGAGUACCGCGUUUUACGUGUACGUGUAUUCCAUAUAUUACUUCAUUUUCAAAACGAAAAUGACGGGGUUUUUCCAAACGUGCUUUUACUUUGGGUACACGGCAAUGUUUUGUUUAGGAUUGGGCUUGAUGUGCGGCGCGGUUGGGUACUUCGGGGCGAACGCGUUCGUUCGAAGAAUUUACCGGAACAUCAAGUGCGAUUAA